UUCAAUUUCAGAGCGGCUCACUCUCUUCCUCUUCCCAGGAGUCGGGAAAUCGCAUCGAUAUGGAGAAAGCAGCGGCGGUGCUAGUGCUGCUGGCGGUAGCGAUGGGGGCGACGGCAUCAGGAGUGAAAGACCAGCAGUGCGCGGCGAAUCUGCUGCCUUGCUCGCAGUACCUCAACGCCACCGGCAAGCCGCCGGAGUCUUGCUGCAGGGUGUUCCGCAACGAGGUGGAAAACGAACUGUCUUGCCUCUGCGCCAUCCUUAACAACUCUGCCAUAUUGAAAUCCUUCCACAUGAACAGCACCAGGGCCUUCCAGUUCGCCAGCGACUGCGGCGUCACCAACCCGAGCAUUUGCGCCUCUUCCGGUCCGAUGCCUCCUCCAGCGCCAUUACCACUCGCUCCUUCAGCAGCUUCAGGAGGGACUACCUAUUUCAGGAACUCCAUCGGGCUGCCGAUGAGCUUGCUUUUUUGCUGGUCGAUCGGUGUCGUGUAAAACUCCUGUAAGCCUGAAAAGGAUUAAUUAUUGUCACAAUAUCUCCUCAUCUCUGAGUUUUUACCUUCAUUGUAUAAAAUCUUCCUUGGUUCUUACUUUCCAUUCUCUAGUACGUGUCUAUGUGUGUGUGCGAAUAAGGGUGAGCACAAUGUGUCAUGGAUUAUUAUCAAUAAACCAACGAGUAUAAAUAUCA